AUGGCGUUGUCCAAGUCUAUUAUAAGAAGUCAAGCCCCAGCUAAAUGUGGAAUAUGUGAUAAUGACCGACCAAUAAAGUGGAAGUGUCUUGAUUGUGAUAGCUUAUUAUGCAAUCAUUGCAAAGAAAAGGUGCAUCCAAAAUUAAAAGAUACAGAGAAUCAUCAGGUUAUCAACAUCAAAGAUAUUGGACAACCAACUGUUGUAGAACUGAACAUUAAUAAACAAUAUCAGACUGAACUACUUGCAAUAACUGGAAUGUCUUUUUGCCAUGAUGAUUCAAUGUGGAUAAGUAGUUACACAGAUAAAGUAUUACAGAGAGUAAAACCUGAAGGAACCAAACUGAACAUACUAUCCAGCUUUAAUAUCAAGGUAUAUGGUAUGGCUGUUACUCAAUCAAACAAUCUACUUUUAUCUACAGGGAAAAGAAGACUUAAACAAAUCAGUAAUGCCGGUACACUUACAGAUGACUCAGUAAAUAAUAUGUCACCAUUCACUUCUACAACAGUCCAUAUUACCAGUGACAGUAAAGUUCUAGUAGGAGGUGGUUAUACAGGAAGAUGCGUUGUAAUACUGAUGAAUCAGAAUGGAAACCAAGAAAGAGUGUAUGAACAUGAUAAACAUAAACAACCUAUAUUUUCUUGUCCCUGCAGUAUCACCAGCACUAGUAAUGGGAAUAUAUAUGUGGUGGAUACAUUAAGGAAUGGCAUAGACAGAGUAGUAGUUUUAGGACAGGAUGGUGAUAUAAUCAAUAUCUAUACAGGAGAUACAGAGAUCAACAAGGAUAUACCUUUCAACCUAACAGACAUAGUGACAACACCUAGAGACAAUGUUAUUGUAUCUGAUGUGUCAACAGAUACACUUCAUAUUCUUAACAAUGUUGGCCUCCUGAUGACAUAUUAUAAAACAAGGGACAUAAACAUAAUGUUACCAUAUUCUCUUGCAUUCUCUCAAACAGGACAACUCUUCAUAGGAUGCCAUACACCAAAAGGCAGCACAACCAAGGAUGCCAAGAUAUAUGAAGUGACCAUAUCAGGAUGUUGA